ACGUCACUCUCGACAACACUGCGCGUGAGACGGAGACGGAGAUAGCGACGGCGGGUGGUGGUGGGUGGAGAGAGUGGGUCCGAUAGACGCAGAUUAGGGCUGUGGCGUCACUUCAGAGCUUCGCUUCGCGACAGCGGCGACAAGCAGCAUUUUGGACCCGAAAAGCAACAGCGAUGCAAGUUCUGUGAGACCUAAAGGACGAGAUAAUUAUUUCCCUGCUGAAAAAGUUUGCAUUGCUCCGUGCUGUACGUCGCGGCGGCGGUAGAAAAAUUCCAGUAAAAUAGAUCUGCAGAUGGGUCAGGGCCUGUGGAGGGUUGCGAGGAACCAGCAGCUGCAGCAAGAAUACAGCGAACAGUGCUACCUUCCCCGGGAGCGCGGCCGGAGGAUGGCAGGCACCGCCGACAACCUGAACCAGCGGCGCCACUGCCCGGGCCAGGGUGGCACUGACCUCUAUCAGCUACUCCGGGCCAGGAAGGCCAAGGAGGAGCAGGGUUUCAUCGACCUGGAGAUGCUUCCCCCGGAGCUCAGCAUCACCAUCCUCUCAUACCUGAACGCCACCGACUUGUGCCUGGCUUCCUGCGUGUGGCAGGACCUGGGUAACGACGAGUAUCUGUGGCAAGGGCUGUGUAAGUCCACUUGGGGUCACUGUUCCAUAUACAACAGAAGACUUCCCCCUGGGUUCUCCUACAGAAGGCUUUACAUGCAGCUGGACGAAGGAAGCCUCACUUUCAAUGCUAACCCACAGGAGGGGAUGGACUACUUAAUAUCCAGAGGCAUCCUGAACAACCAGCCGGAGGAAGUGGCCAAGUUCAUAUUCUACACUAGAACACUGAACUGGAAGAUGCUGAGAAUUUACCUGGACGAGAGGAGAGACGUCCUGGACGAGCUGGUCACCCUGCAUAACUUCAGCAACCAGUUCCUGCCCAACGCGCUGCGAGAUUUCUUCCGCCACAUCCAUGCCCCCGAAGAGCGCGGAGAGUACCUGGAGACCCUCAUCACCAAGUUCUCCCACCGCUUCUGCGCGUGCAACCCCGUCCUGGUCCGGGAGCUGGGCCUCAGUCCAGACGCUGUCUACGUGCUGUGCUACUCGCUGAUCCUGCUGUCCAUCGACCUGUCGAGCCCUCACGUGAAGAACAAGAUGUCCAAGCGGGAGUUUAUCCGUAACACGCGGCGUGCUGCCCAGAGCGUCAGCGAGGACUUUGUGGGACACCUUUACGACAACAUCUAUCUCAUCGGCCACGUGGCCGCCUAGUGGUGCACACACGAGCGAUGUGCUCAGCUGGUCACGUUCACCGCGUCGGCCGCUUCUGCCGUGCCUGGAGGGUGUCGAGAGCUUCGCCGGUCAUGUGACCAUCUACCCUUUACUCCCGCCAAGCAGCACUCGGCUGACCAAAUGCGUAUCCCUUCCUGUGUGCCGUCAGAGCACCAGGCCACACUUUCGUAGUAUGGAGGUAGUACAGGAGGCACAGAGAGCCGCCCUCAUCCUGCGUCUCGGCCUGUGUUGAAUUACACAUUUAAGAGAUGCUACGAAACACUACACCAAAUGUAAAAAAAAAAAAAAAAAAGCCUUUUUUUGCAACUUGCACAAUAUUUUCUCCUUUUUGUUGCUAGCUGAGGUGAACAGAAAAAAUGUCGUGCAAGUAUACGCUAACAAUGUAAAACAUCCUUGAAGCUGACUUUGAAACGCGAGGCUAUACCACUAGGCGGGAGUUUGGAAUCGCUGCUGAGAAAAGUAAGGGUGAGCGCUUCAUCAGCUUCACAGAGCUGUAGCACAUUUGGAACCCUGUGUUGUGACACCUACCAUUUACAGGUUCCGUAUCCUUCACCUUAAAAGAAAAAUAGUGAUUUCAAUUAAUUAAUGCUCUUCUGUGUUUCCGGGAUAGGGCGCAGACCACCGCGACCCUGCAAAGGACAAGGAGUGGGUAGAAAUGGAAGGAAAUGUUUGAAUUAACAAUGAAUGUUUCUUUGGGGUUUAAAAUUUAGUGUGUGGAGUUUUUGCAGCUAAGAGAGCUUUGAGGAAUUAACUGAUUAUUAGUGCACUGCAGAAUUUAAUGUGUGACGAUUUGGGGAGGGGCUCUUUCGAGGGAGACCAAUCUCCAGGUUGGAUGAAGAACCUUCUGCUUUGAUUACCCAGGCCACCAGUGAAAGUCUUGCGCAGCACCACACAGCACCACAUCAAGCAGAACACAUUACCACACUUUUGUGUACCCCCCCGCCCCCCACCUCCCAUGUUCAAAUAGUCUAAGAGCUUCAGUGUACAUCCCAAGUCUAAGCAGGUUCUUCUCCACCCUGAGACCACCGUUUUGAAUGUAGGCCUGAUCCCCUCCCGUCACUUCUACUCAAUCCUUCGACCGCUUUUAACAGCACCUCCUACGACAUCUACUGCUGUUGUAACCAUUGCAGUCUGAACAGAGUCCUGGUUACCCUGUCACAGGUCAGGUGAGCAGAGCAGCGGAUUUAGAUCGUACUCCAGCUGUGCGGGUUCACUGACUCGCACCCGAAGCGCUUCUCGAUCGCCGUUCCUGGAGUUCGCACUUCUUGUUUGACCCGUCGCACAUUAAGGUGCCAAUAGUGAGACUGCAAAAAAAUAACUGACAAGCAAAAAAUAUAUUGGUAACAUUUGCUUACAAUUAAGUAACCCUGAGUAUUUUUUGCACAUCAUGUAUAUAUUUAAGUACAGAGAUUUAUGAACAUAUAAUUUUAUUUUGAAGUAUUUUAACAACUUUUUCUCAAUCAUUUCUUUUUUUGCACUUCUGUAUUGUUUGUUACAAGCAGUUUUAGCAAUUGCAUGCAAUUCCUUGUUCCUUUAUUUAAUAUUUUCUACUGUUAAUGCCAUUGAUUGAUUCAUUAAAAGAAAACUAUUAUAAUACUGCUGAAAUAGUGAAGUCCAACCCGACGAAAUGGAGCUGUAACCCUGACAAAGAAUGACGCUGGGAUGAGACAGGGGUCACCCGAUUAAUGUUUCAUUUGAGAUGUUAAACCUGGAUCACUGACAAUAUUUUUGUUCAUUUUAAUUGACAGAAAAUACUAUAGGCCUGACUAAUGAAUUACACCAUUGGAAUAAACUCUUAGAUUGUAAAAAAAAAAAAAAAAAGAAAAAAUGAAAAUGAUAAAA